GCGCGCGCUCUGUGGCUCCAGCUCAGCGCUCGCUCCGAGCCGCUUUUGCUGCCACUGUCUGCUCCCUGGGGCAGCCGCUGUUACCGCCGCCUCCCACGGGCCGGGCACUUGGUCCACUGGGCCUCACGCCCCAAGCAGGAGGACGAGCUCGAGGAGGAUGCCUGGGCCCGUCCCUCGCGGCCCUGGGUGAAACACUUUCGCGUGCUGGCCGGCGCCAUGGGAAGGAGCGAGCGCCGCAGCUGUCCCUCGCCAGCGCGCACACGACUUGAGCCACGCCGCAGGCAGCCCCCGGUGGCGGGUCCCCGGAUGACGCUGGCGGCACCUGAGAGCGUGACGCGGGCUCGGGGCCACGCAGAGGAACCCAGUGUCCAGUGAAACUUCUGAGGACCUGUCGCUCACACCGCCGCCAUGGUGAUGUCCCAGGGAACCUACACGUUCCUCACAUGCUUCGCCGGCUUCUGGCUCAUCUGGGGUCUCAUUGUCCUGCUCUGCUGCUUCUGCAGCUUCCUGCGCCGCCGUCUCAAACGGCGCCAGGAGGAGCGACUGCGCGAGCAGAACCUGCGCGCCUUAGAGCUGGAGCCUCUGGAGCUCGAGGGAAGCGUGGCCGGAAGUCCCCCGGGCCUGGCGCCGCCACCGCCACCACACCGCGGCCGCCUAGAGGCGUCGGCGCACGCGCAUCCACACGUGCAUGUGCACCCCCUGCUGCACCACGGGGCCGCGCAGCCGCACGCGCACCCACACCCGCAUCCGCACCACCAUGCGCUGGCGCACCUUUCGGUGCCGCCCCGGCCCUGGAGCUACCCGCGCCAAGCGGAAUCGGACAUGUCCAAGCCACCAUGUUAUGAAGAGGCGGUGCUGAUGGCAGAGCCGCCGCCGCCCUACAGCGAGGUGCUCACGGACACGCGCGGCCUCUACCGCAAGAUCGUUACGCCCUUUCUGAGCCGCCGCGAUAGUGCGGAGAAACAGGAACAGCCGCCGCCCAGCUACAAGCCGCUCUUCCUGGACCGGGGCUACACCUCGGCACUGCACCUGCCCAGCGCCCCGCGGCCUGCGGCCCCUUGCCCCGCCCUCUGUCUGCAGGCCGACCGGAGCCGCCGGGUCUUCCCCAGCUGGACCGACUCAGAGCUCAGCAGCCGCGAGCCCCUGGAGCACGGAGCUUGGCGACUGCCGGUCUCCAUCCCCUUGUUCGGGAGGACUACAGCCGUAUAGAGGGGCGCCCGGGGCGUCCUGGGCCCCACCGGGAACUCCUGGCCUGACUGUGGGGCUUUUUAAACGCUUCCCUUGGACUGGGGUGGGGUGGGGGGAGGGAGGGAUUUCUUACCCCGUUUGUUAUAUUUUGAGGAUAAUAAAGGUGUGUGAUCUGCUUUGGUACAAA